AUGGCUAAGAAGAAGAAGAAUCGCUCCAAGAAGGUGACCGCGCAGGCGGCAGCCGACAGCGAGUCUCCUCAACCUCAGACUCAACCUCCGUCUGCGGAUCUUGGUUUGACCCCGAAGCCAGAUACCGCCGCGCCCGAGCAGGGCCAGCCUCAGCAGAAAACCAAAACCGAAAAGCAGGUCACAGAUACGUUCACGCAGGCAUCGUCGGCUGCUUCUUCUUCUUCGUCGUCUUCUCAGCCAGCGCCCUCGACUUCGUCGUCGUCGUCGCCCAUCAUCACCCGCAACAAGUACGACUUCGUUCUGGCACAACUUCUCGGCGUACCACGGCUCCUGGGCCAGCCCCUCGAGGUCCUCGAGGUGGCCGCCAUGGUCAACUACAACACGGCGCGCCCGCGGCCCAUCGACCCGGCCAUCCUCUUCGACCUCGUCAAGAUCCGCAAGAGCGUCGAGGAGGCGACCGACCUGGCGGUCCGGGCCCUCAGCGACACCGUCUCGUCCGCCAUGUCCAGCGUCAACAGCGUCAGCGGCCUCCGCGCCAUGACCUCCCUGCGAGGCGCCCCCCAGAAGAAGACGGGCCACGGCCUCAAGAUGAGCCACGAGAGGAGGCUCCGCAUGCGCGAGCUCGCCGUCCAGAAGCUCGCCCGCGCGUACCGCGUCGACGACAUCGCCGCCUGCAUCGUCACCAUGCAGGGCACCACCUCGCUCGACGACAUUGCCGGCCUGGUCCUCCAGAGCCACCCCGACAACCCCGACGCCAGGUUCGUGCACUUUUUCCACGAGAAGAUCCUCUCGCGCAACCUCGCGGGGCCCGAGUGCUUCCGCGCCCUCGAGGAGAUCAUGGCGCUUGAGUCGAAGCAGCCCGAGCUCCUGCGCACCCUGGCGUCGCUCAAGGGCGCGACGGGCGACAUGGCUGGCGCUGCUUGCGAUCUUUCCCACGCCAUGGCCUUUUCCAAGUAUCAUGGGGAGUCUCACCGCUCGGCGAACCAGGAUGCCGGCUCCACAGAGCAGCAGCAGCAGCAGCAGCAGAGCCCCCAAGUUGGCAGACAUAAUGUCCAGCUCCCCGAGGACAAGCGGCCCAGCGGCUUCGAGGGCCAGCUCGUGUUCCACCGCGGCUCCGUCUACCUCGCCGAUGCAUGCGACCGGUUGCUCAAGGCGCUGGGUGAGCCUACAGAUUCGAACAAGACCGUCCAGAAGACUGACGCUAGCCUGUCCGGCGACAAAGACGCCGUAGAAGCUGAUGCUCGUCAGCCUCCGCUUGCGGAUGAGGCUAUCACGAAGGCUGACGCCGGUAAACGCCAUGAGAAGGAAGCCGAGCUUGCCCAAACUCCACAGUCUGACCAGGCUGCUGCCCUGACUGAUAUCAGCAAACCCGACAAGAGAGAACCCGAGCUUCUCCAACAGUCACAGUCGGAUCAGGUUGCUCAGACUGACAACACCAGCAAGUCCGACAAGAAAGAAGCCGAGCUUCACGAACCCCCACAGUCGGACCAGGCCGCCCAGACGGGCAACAACAAUACCAACCAGCCCGACGACAAAGAAGCCAAGCUCCCUCCCAAGGCCAAGAAGCUCGGCAGCGCCGCAGCCGACGAGUGCCGCCAGGCCAAGGCGCUGGCCAAGCACGCCCUGCACGACAUCAUGUUCUUCCUCAACCAGUUCGACUACAGCCCCAACAUGCCCGCCAUGCUGAGCAAGGACUACAACGAGCGCAUGCGCCUCGCCUCGCAGGGCAACCGCAACCCGCGAUCGACCGUGUCCCACGCGGCUGCGGCAGCGAUGCCGCCGCAUAAACUCUACACGCUGGCCGACCUCCUCUCCGCGUCGCCGCCGGCCGACUUGCCCGAGUACCCGUCCCAGGAGGCGCUCAAGCAGGGCAAGCACGACGUCGCCGUCGUUGCCCCCCAGGGAGGAGGAGGAGAUGCCGUUGACACCUGCGAGAGCGUGACGUAUCACCCGCUCCUCAGCGAGGCCCUGCACUCGGUGCUGCUCUGCCACUGCAUCGCCCAGACGCCCCUCGCCGAGAUCAAGCGCCACGCCUACAUGGUCGCCCGUCUCAUCAGGCUGUGCGACGGCUGGCCGGCCUUUCACUCCACCAGGUCGUCGGCGCGCACUGACUGGGAGGACCUGCUCCGUCAGAAGGGCGGCGACUGGCUCGACCUCGGCGCCGAGUGGAAGUUUCUCUGCGAGCCGGCCCCGGUCCCCGGAUAUACCCCCCGUCUGCCGCGCUCCUCCUCCUCGUCCGUACCAUCAUCAUCAUCAUCUGCGCCCGAUCGCCGCACCGCGUCCGCCGCCGCCGCCACCCUCGUGGCAGGAGCCAACGAUGGCAACAACAAUAACGCAGCUGCAGCGGCUGCCACGCACGACCACCACUGUGGUGCAAAUCCCCAGACCAAGUGCCGCUCCCCCUUCUGCCCCAACUCGCAGUCCGCCGGCCCGUCCGCCACCCACCAGUCCGCCAUGAACCUGGCCGUGGAGCUGUUCCAGGACGGCGACCACGGAGGCUGGGACGGCGCCGCCGUCGUGUCGGACCGCGCCGUCGCCGUCCGCCGCUGGAUCAACGAGGUGCCCUUCAUCCGCGCCGUGCGGCGCAAGAAACGCGUCGUCGUCGGCAAGGACCACCACGGCCACAGCCACAGCCACCACCACCACGGCGGCCGACAUGCGGAUACAGCCGGCAGCAGCACCACCGGCACUGGCGCGACGUAA